UAACACAGGUUUCUGUGUUUGGGAUAUAGAUAAAGUAAGCUCCUUGAGAUUUGUAUGUCUGUUUAAAAAAGAAAAAAAAAGUCACGUGUCAUGGUUAAACUCAGAACAGUAUUAUUAUAAUCCCAGUUCCUAAAAUUAUGGGCAUUGGAGUGUAAAGUUUAAAUAACACAGAAGACAAUGAUUUCUAAAUCUCAAACCCACAUUUAUUCACAAAAGCACCUCGAAAACAUGUCAAAUGUUUAAACUGACCAAAUUUAACAUUUUAAGUUGGGAAUUGUAGAAGAAAAGGCUGGAAAAGUAAAUGAUACUAAAGUGAAGCAAUCAUAGAAACAUUUUGCAACUAAUUUGAUUCAUUAGCAACAGGUCAGCAACAUGAUUAGGUUUGAAAAGAGCUUGGAGAGCUAAUGUUUCUCAGAAAUAAACAUGGGCAGGGUUUCACCAUCCAUCUGCCAAACACUAUGUCUACAAAUUAUGGAAUAUAGACUUUUUAUAUCUCCUGAUAUACAGUACAUAAUAUCAAAUAAUUCUGAGGAGCAGGAGAAGUCUUUGUGUGACAAGUCUGGAAGCUUGUGAUCUUUAGGCCAUCAGGUGGCCCUGCACUGUCAGCAUGUGCUUAGGAACACUGCCAGAAAACACUAUUUGUGAGUAUAGUUCAUCAUACCAUCAACAAAUGGCAUGUGGAAAAACUAUUUGCUUCCUGAUUUCUUCUUUUUCUGCAUAUUUGUCACUUUUAAAUGUUUCACAUCAAAGUUUUAUUUGUCUUAGUUAGGGUAUAUUGAUGGUGGGGAUACUUUUUUUUCUGUUAAGCCGGGCUUUCUGAGUUAGCCUCUGUGAAUGCUCAUAUAAAAGGGGUCUUCUUCAGUUCAUUAAUCUUUUUAUACACAAAAAUCAUCCCUAGGAACACCGUCGAACAUGAGACAAGAGAUUAAUCCUUUUGGGACUUAGGGCACAGAGCGGUUACUUAUUAGUUAAUUAUUAUAUUGCUGUUUAAACUGGAUAAAUUUAAACAUUAAAUGCUACUAUCCCAUAUCUUAAUAAAGGAGAUAUGGUUUUACAGUGGACCAAAGUGAAAUUAAAUAUGUUAAAAUUAAUUCAUUUUCAAUUGACUAUACAAAGAUAUUUUACUAUGUAUAGUUAGAGGAUAUUGCAAUCAAUUGAAAACUGAUAGCAUAGUUUAAAAAACAAAACAAAUUUUUUUUUUAUUUUGGGGUGGCGGAGAGUGCUGCUUUUUGACACCAGAUUAUUAAAAUAAAUUGCAAAAGUGAUAUACUAAGAUUAGGGCAGACAGCUUGAGUAACAAAACGAUAAAUCAUCUAUUCAUUUUCUUCUGCUUAUUUGAAGUCAGCAGGCCAAACAGGGAAGCCCAAACCUUCCUCUCCCUGUCCUACCUUCCUCUGGUAGGACAUGUCCAGCUGGAACAGCUUACCCAGGAGGCAACUGCCUCAUGUGGCUCCUUUUAAUGUAGAGGAGCAGUGGCUGUACUCUGAGCCCCUCCCCAAUGACUGAACUCCUCACCGUAUCGAUUGGGGACUAUUUCAAUGCAUAUCCCACUGAUAUCCUGGCUAUAUUUGAUAAAGUAUUAAACAGAAAAGCCAAAGCGGUAACAGACGACGGCUCACUCAAACAUAAUGAAGGGCAAAGAAAACAAGACCAGAGACUGGUCCACACUCUUCAUGCUCGCAUCACAGGUCUGCCAGUGUGCCCAGAGCUGACAAGAGAUACAAUUCCUAGGACUAGAGAUGUAGGACACUUUUUGUCUGUAACUGGUACUGUAAUACGUACCAGUAUUGCCAAGGUUCUGGAAUAUGAGCGUGAUUACAUGUGCACAAAGUGUCGUCAUGUUUUCACAGUGCAGGCAGAAUUUGAGCAAUUCUACACGUUUGUCCCACCCGUAGCCUGCCCUAACCCCGAUAGCUGUAACUCAUAUAAAUUCACUUGUCUGUCUGAAGGAUCUGAACCUGCUGCUUGCAGGGAUUACCAGGAGAUCAAAAUUCAAGAGCAGGUGCAGAAACUUUCAGUGGGCAGUAUUCCUCGUUCUUUACUGGUAGUUCUGGAGAAUGACCUCGUCGACAGUUGUAAAUCUGGAGAUGAUGUCACUGUUUAUGGAGUAAUGUGUCUGCGCUGGAAAACCUUUUAUGAUGGUGCACUUUGUGAUGUGGAGUUGGUCCUCAAAGCUAACAAUAUAGAGGUAAACAACCAGCAGGCUGCUGCUGGACAGCUUGUAAAGGAUGCUCAGGAAGAAUUUGAAGAAUUCUGGAAUAGCUACAAACAUAAUCCUAUAGCUGGUAGGAACCAUAUCUUAUUGAGCCUGUGUCCACAGGUUUUUGGCAUGUAUGUAAUUAAACUGGCAGUGGCCAUGGUCUUGGCUGGGGGAGUUCAGAGAAUAGAUUCUUCUGGGACCAAAAUUAGGGGCGAGUGUCAUAUGUUGCUGGUUGGUGACCCAGGUACAGGGAAGUCUCAGUUCCUGAAAUAUGCUGCCAAGAUUAUGUGUCGUUCUGUACUUACAGCUGGAAUUGGCUCAACAAGUGCAGGACUGACAGUAGCAGCUGUGAAGGAUGGAGGUGACUGGCACCUGGAAGCAGGAGCCCUGGUCUUGGCAGAUGGUGGUUUGUGCUGCAUUGAUGAAUUCAACAGCAUCAAAGAGCAGGAUCGCAUCAGCAUCCAUGAAGCUAUGGAGCAACAAUCUAUUAGUGUUGCUAAAGCUGGCAUGGUGUGUAAACUGAAUACCAGAACUACCAUUCUGGCAGCUACCAACCCUAAAGGCCAGUAUGAUCCCAACGAGCCACUGUCUGUGAACGUAGCUCUGGCCAGUCCAUUGCUAAGUCGUUUUGACCUGGUUUUAGUUCUGCUGGAUACCAGAAAUGCAGAGUGGGACCACAUCAUCUCCUCUUUCAUUAUGGAGGACAGAGGACUACCUGAUCAGUGUUCGAGUCUGUGGUCUAUGGAAAAAAUGAAAGCUUAUUUCAGCCUGAUUAAGCAUUUGAAACCAGUGAUGUCAGAGGAUGCCAACUGUAUACUGACACGCUACUACCAGCUACAAAGACGGAGUGAUGGCAGCAGUGCUGCCCGCACAACUAUUCGCACAUUGGAGAGUCUGAGCAGGCUGGCUGAAGCCCAUGCCAAGCUCAUGUACAGAGAGACAGUUACCAUAGAAGACGCUGUCAUUGCUGUUUCUGUUAUGGAGUGCUCUAUGCAGGGUGGCGCUCUGCAGGGAAAUGUGAAUACUUUAUUCACCUCAUUUCCUGCUGACCCUGUUGAGCAGUAUCAAACUCAGUGUCAGAUACUGCUCGAAGGACUGAACCUCCCACUGUUCCUUAAGAAGGAGAGAGACAGACUAUCCAGGUCAAAAAGCCAGACAUCAGAGUCUCCUGAAUGUGAUUCAUCAACUACUAAACUGAAGCAUCUACUCAGUGACGCAAACUCCAAAACACACACUAGCAAUUUGGAAAGUGGUAAUACAGUGAGGAGUGACUCGAACUGGUUCCACACCUCUCUGUCACUGUCCCCAAAUGAUAGGACCUCACCCAUAACUACACCUCAAGAAAAUACAAAAACUAUUUCAAGUGGAACAGACGUGUCUAAAGUAACCAGACAAUCAAGCUGUCGAUCUGAAAAGUUGACUUCGAGAAGGACCGUUGCUCCAGUUGUUUUUGGAAAUAUUACCUCUGUUUCAGAACAAAACAUACAAGGUAAGAAAAAUGAAAGCGUUACAGAAGAAAUCUCUAAAAGCCAAGAGGAGAUACUGAAAUAUGAGAGAAAGAAGCAUGAAGCACAUCCAGAGCCAUUGGGAUAUCAUUUUCAAAAGGUUUCUAGAAGCACAAUGGACUCUAAGAAUAUGGGAGAUAAAGGCUUUGGGCAACUGGACCUGAAACAUCAGCGAUUUCACAAAGAGGUUGGAAAAGGACACAGAGAAAGGCUGGUGUUUGGGGAUGAAAGUGAAAAUGUACUAGAGACAAACCUGUCCACUGACAAAGACAGCUAUGUAAAGGAGGACAAAUUGCACCUGACUGAAAGUAGGAAGAGCAGCGCUGUUCCAAGGGAGAAAAUGGCAGUCGAAGCUGAAACACACAUAGACUUGCGUGGAAAGUUGUCAAGAUUCAUGUUCAAACCAAGUAAGAUGAGAACUUCAGUUGACAACCAUAACAAUAAUGCCAGUCCAGAAAAGCAAAUGACAGUGAGCGUUAACACAAAGAAACCAAUUAGUCAUAAUGACGCACACCUGUGUCAGAGAACCAGAGUCAGCACUGGUGAUGACAGAGAUAUAUUUACUUCCACCCCACUUUCAAAAUCAAGUGCUUGCAUCACUAAUCAAACUACAUUACAAUCAGAACAGAUGAAGACCAGUAUAACUUCCUCAAGCUCAGAAAUUAAACUCUCAGGAUUCUCAUCUAUCUGGACAAGUGAACCCACAACAGCUCAAACAAAAAUGGAAAAUAGUACUCUUAAAAAAGGUGAUGCUGAUUGUUUGAGAGCUAAUUCAAAAGUCCACAAAAUUCUAAACAUCGCCAACCACAUAGGCAAGAAGUGCCAAACAAUACCCCCAGCAACAGAUUACACACCAGCAAAGAAAUGUGAACUAGGGAUGAAGUCAACGAGUACAACAAUGUCCGAGUGCAAAGUAAAACAGACCGAAUUCAGUCAUACUGAAAACAACACUGUAAAAAUGGUAACUAGGGAUUCAGUUAACUGUCAAAGGACUGCCAGUCUAAAGAGAAAGUGUUUUACGAGUCCUCAGGAUAGUAAUAGUAGUGGUUCCAAAGGCCUAUUCUCAGGAUUGUCUCUGUUUGAGUCUGCCGAGUUAAAUAAUGAUGUUCUUGACACUGACUGGGACCAAGAGGUUUUGAAAAAAGCCAAAGUCUGAAAUCACAACGUUUGUGGAUAAAGAACUUUUUUCCUGAAGAAAACAUAAUCUGGUUGUAGGAAAUGAAUAAGUUUGACAGAAAAGUUUCCUGGGAUAUAAACUUGAGUUUAGCUCUUUAGCAUAGUGUCUAGUCACACAGUUUUCACCAGCAGUGUGAUUUUUUUUUUUCUUUUUUUUUUCUACUCCUGUACAAUGAAAAACUACUGUGUUCAUAUUAGUAAGAUAUCCUUCCUUACACGUGCUCAAUACAACUUUUUUUUUUUUUUUUUUUGUUGCUUGUUCUGUAUUACACCUACGUGUAACACGUUUAACACCUGUUAAAAGCGAGUUGCUCACCGAGAUCUUUAUGUACAGCAAAUAAAAUAAACAUAAUGUGAGACACA